AUGGCGGCUGAGCAAGAACUCGACGUCUCAAACCGUUCGUGGCUUCAUAUGAUAUCUGCUUUCCGCGCCUUGGAACCGCCCGACGCCGUGAUUUCCAUAGCCAGGGAAUUAGGCGGAGGUUCAAUAACGGAGAGUGUUCAGAGCUGCAUAUGGCGCCACUGUAUAAGCAAAGCUGACUUGAAGUGGCAGGGCCCUUAUUUGAAAAGAUUCCUCAAGAAACUAAUAUUCGAAAUCGAAUCGGGUGGUGGCCUCGUUUUGGAUGAAUUGUAUGAACAAUAUGCUUCAUAUAUGAUCUCUUUGCAGGAUGAUGAGGCCGAUCAAGGGAACUCGAGAGUAUUGAAAACAAUCACAUUUCUUUUCCCUAAUGGAGAUUCGUCUGGAUUUGGAAGUUGCCUAGAGAACUUAGAAGUUCCACUGAGGUGUUCUGUGAACAUGCUGGAAGGUGAUACUGGGUGCUCUAUUUGGCCAUCAAGUCUUUUCCUGUCGGAAUUUAUAAUUUCUUACCCAGAACUAUUCGCAAAUAAAUCUUGCUUUGAGUUUGGCUCCGGGGUGGGAUUGGUUGGUGUAUGUCUUGCCUAUGUGAAAGCAUCUAAGGUAAUACUAAGUGAUGGCGAUUUGUCAACUUUAGCCAAUAUGAAGGUUAACUUGGAACUGAAUCACUUGAGCCCAAGAAAUCAUACAUUAGGCAACCUUUUACAUCAUGAUAUGGUGAAUAUUGUUUGUUUGCCAUGGGAAUCUGCAUCAGAAGAUGAUCUCCGUUGUUUUGCCCCUGACGUAAUUUUAGGAGCUGACAUCAUUUACGACCCUUCAUAUCUUCCUCAUCUCGUUCGGGUGUUGGUUGUCCUUUUGAAAAACAGUCAUUCAGAUUCUGAAAUUAACAAUAGUCGAGAAUUUUGCGCCCCCCAAGAAGAAAAAACGACAGGACGUGUUUUGCCUAACGGUGGACUUGGCCGUGUCGCGUAUUUUGCCUCGGUUAUUCGUAAUAUCGACACCUUCAAUUGUUUUGUUGAGCUGGCCGAAGGGGCGAAUCUCGUGGUCACGGACCUCACCGAAAAUGUCCGGGUGUCGACUUUUCUUCCGUACCUAAGAUCGUACCCUCGGUCUACAAUAAGGCUAUUCAGAAUUCAUAGGUAA